AAUAAUUUCCGCGCAAAGGAAAAUCAUAUGAAAAACAAUUCAAGGAGCGUGACUCGAGUCACAGAAAAGCGAUUUUUUUCGUUCUAAUCGCAAAACUAAAGAUCUUUGCGAAGAAUAGAGAAGAGUUGAAAGGAUAUUUGGAAGAUCGAAGGCAGUUGAAUUGAAAGAAGGACGCAAAUUGACCGAAUUUUGGACGCAUUUCUAUCGCUUCAAAACAAAACAAGACGACCGCGUAUAAGGAAAGUGAAGCAACUCGAACAUUUCUUAACACGUACUAAAGAUGAAGAAAGAAGUGAAUACAGCGUGUAGAUUCCUUUUCCUAAUGCUAAGACGAACCAGUCAAAUUAGUGAACCUCGACUGGAGAAAUUUCGAUCGACAAUGGAAGAGCUUUUAUGCGAAAGGUACAAGACGCACUGGCAUCCGAAUAACCCUUUGUUGGGAAGUGGAUUUCGAUGUAUCCGCAUAAACCAUAGUAUGGACCCCAUCAUUGUCGCUGCUGCUCGUUUGGUGGGAGUCUCGCACGCCGAACUUAAAGCUUUCCCCGAAGAAUUAACCGUUUGGAUCGACCCCAACGAUGUGUGCUUUAGAAUAGGUGAAAAUGGCUCCAUCUGCGACGUGAACGAAGAUGUCCUUCGAGACAUGACGGGCCGAAAGGAAAGAACCCCACGAAAUCAAGAGAGGCUAAACAACAUACGAAAGAAGGAAAGUAUGCUUCACUCAAAUAGGGACAUUAUGCCAGUUCAAACCUGUGUUCAGUGCUAGAUAAUCGAGAAAUAUUAGCCUACUAAGAUUAAUAUGUACAGAUUCAAUGUAAAGUUUGAAAAUAAGUCGAAAUUGUUUGUAAAAAAAGCCCUACUGGUUGCAGUUGCUGCAAUCUGUGGAGUUUGUAACAUAAGGUUGUAUUUUUAAAUGUAUAAAAAGAGAGAAUUUCUAAGAAUCUGUACAGCCUUUUCGUCAGAUUUCAAUAAAUUGGAAAAAAAAUUGGUUUUAACAAGGAAAAUA